AUGGCCCGGAGCCCCGCUACCCUCUUGCUGCUGCUGCUUCUACCCCUGCUGACUCUGCCUCUGCUCCACGACUGGGCCUGGAGUGGGGCAGCUCGGCGCCGCUUUGAGUACAAAUUCAGCUUCAGGGGGCCGAGAUUGGCAAAGCUGGGCAAGGAGGUGCCCUUCUGGAGCCAUCACGGAGAUGCUAUUCCUGGCCUGGAGGAGGUGAGGUUGGUGCCAUCCAUGCGCAACAAGAGUGGAGCAGUUUGGACCCGAAACCGCAUCCCUUUUCUGAGCUGGGAGGUGGAGGUGGCCGUCCGUGUGUCGGGCCUGGGGCGCCUGGGGGCUGAUGGGAUGGCUAUUUGGUACUCGCAGGAGAGAGGCCAAACGGGCCCAGCCCUGGGCGGCCCUGCCCUCUGGGAGGGCAUCGGGAUCCUCUUGGACUCCUUUGACGAUGAUGCCCAGAACAACCCUGCCAUCCAGGUGGUGGCCGGCAACGGACGAAUCCCCUACGACCGGCUCAAGGAUGGAGGGGCCCAGGUCCUGGGUUCAUGUGUGCGUGAUUUCCGGAACCGGCUUCAUCCCUUCCGAGUCAAGAUCACCUACUGGGGAGAGAAAUUGCGGGUGUCCGUGAACAGUGGCUUCACAGCUCAUGGAGGCGUGGAUGACCUCUGCACCGAAGUGGCACCCCUCUUCUUAUCCCCCAGUGGUUUCUUCGGCGUCUCAGCUUCCACUAGUACCCUGGCAGAUGACCACGAUGUUCUGUCUUUCUCCACCUUCAGUCUAAGCAAGGCGGCCCCAGAGGCACCAGAUUCUUGGAUCCCUGAAGCUGAGCAGCACCGGUUACAGCAGCGCCUGGAGGAUUUGCAGAAGAAGCUGAUGAGCAGGAAGGACGCUUCAAAACUAGGCUUGACUUCCCCCAACCUGGGGGACAGAUCCUUCGAACAGGCGGUGACCUUGGAGAGACACAGCCGGAUCCUGCAGGAGCUGCAGAGCCUCUCGGAGAAGAUGACCCAGACAGCAGCAAAGUGGAAGCAGCAGCUGCCCUCCCUGGGCGGUCCAGGCAGGGAGGCAGCCCAGGGCCCCAGGGCCGGGGAUUGGAACUCUGUGGCCUCCAGUAUUCUUCUCAAGAGUCAAGAAGCUCUGCUCCAGGACUUACAAGAGAUGAGAGCGGCCGCUGCCCACAUAGCCUCCCGGGCUGAAGUCUUCUACCUCCCCGUGGGCACCGAGCACCAUUUCCCGGAUCUGGAGCAGAGCAUCUCACUGCUGCAGAUGGACGUUCAGAGUCUGCUCAACCUGCCGGUGAGGGGCCAGGGCUGUGGGGCUUAA